CUUGAAUCAUUUACACUACAGUUGCCUAAAUAAGCUUAGACAUGAUGAAAACUUCAUUAGUUGUAUUUGCUUUACUUCUCGUCACUGUCUCUGACUGUACAGGAAAAACAUUUACGCGGUGUGAAUUAGCGUUAGAACUAGACAGACAAGGCUUAGAUCGACAAAAAAUGAAUGACUGGGUUUGCUUGGUGGAAAAGGAAAGCAUGAGAGAUACAUCAGCUAUUGGCGGACCGAAUGCGAAGGAUGGCAGCUACGAUUACGGAUUAUUUCAAAUUAACGGAAAUCUUUGGUGUUCAUUGGGUGUGGCAGGGGGUGAUUGCCACAUAAAAUGUGAAGAUUUAAUCGACGACGACAUAUCCGAUGACGUUCGAUGCGCUAAAAAAAUUUAUAGAAGACAUAAAUUCUACGCCUGGAAUGGCUGGAAGAGCGGCUGUUUGAAUAAAAUUAUUCCGGACGUUCAUUACUGUUUCAAUUAACCAAUCGGAAGUAUUUCUGAUAUGUAAAACUGAUGCGCAAUCUAUUUGUUUAAAUAAUAUUAUAUACCCGUAGUAAAUA